AGACCUAACUUGACAAGUUGGUGCAAGGAUUCGAAUGUCAACAAUGCUAUUGCCAUGUCUUUUCCGGAUAUACACACGUGCAUAAAGCUCACUGCUGAAAAUGAAGAUCUCAAGAAGAAAUUGUUACAUGUGAAACAACAGCGUAAUGCCUACCAUUCAGAGUUAACGUCAAUAAAGGAAAAAGCUAAAGUGGAUGCGCUACUGAAGACAUAUGUAACAACACGAGAGUCCUCUACACAGACAGACCCAAGUAGGAUUUGGCAUCCAGUCGCCCCAAAGAAAAAUGAAGAUACUAUUGCCAACAAGAUCUCAGAAGGAGACAAGACAAACAGGUUAAUGUCCAUGCAUAGUAACGUGAUGAGGCGAUAUGAGAAGGAGGUCAAACUGAACCUUGGACAUUUGGAGACAAUUACUGAACUACAGAUGAAGAUAUCAACCUUAGAGAGACGACUACAACAGGAAACAGAGAAUGUAAAACAACUAGAGAAAGAGAUACACACAUUAAGAGUUUCAAAAGCUACAUCUAAAGUGAAAGUAGGAAACUUUGGCAAGCAGGGAAAGGAACUCUCCUCUGAUGAAGAUGAAACAAAGGACAGGCAUACAGUGAGAGAGUGUAGGAAACUUCGCAAAGAAAACAAGAAAUUGAAGGAGGAGUUGAAAGGCCUGGACUUGGGGUUCUUUGAGGAAAUAGAAGAUAUUAAAUUUGCAUUUCAACAGUCUGCAAAGCUUAAUGUGGAAUACGAAAAGACUAUAAAGAAACUCUGUAAACAGUUACGAGUAGCUUAUCCCUAUCCAGAACAAACAGUCAAGUGAUGAGACAAAGAGAGAGAUUUAGUGCUUUUCUGUGAUAUUGUGUUAACAUUAUAGUUCAUUGUAUUUUUUACCAAUUGUGAUUUAAAUACAUUUUUAAUAUUAUGUGUUAUGCUUCAUAAACUGAUAUAGAGACUUUUCAUAAUAUAAAUAAACAUAUCAAAGUAGAAA